AUGGACAAGGAAGACGCGGAGAAUGGCUCGCAAGCCACCACCAGACCAGCCGACGACCUCCCCGCCGUAGCGGUAGCUACCGAGCUCCUCAACCGGACCAACACCCUCCUCUCCGAGCUGGAGUCCUUCGACAAGCUGCUGGAGAAGCAUCGACGCCCUCAAGUUCUUGGCCACCGCGCCUUCAUCCAAGAUAUCAACGCCGAGAAACGCUUCAUCGAGCGGCUCCUUAACAAGGCCAUAACCGAAACCACCAACCCGGAAGCGGACGUCACAGAUGAGACCGAAGAGAAAGACCCCCUCGACGCCCUUGAAGCGGAUCACAAAAUAAAGCACCAGCUCAGCUCAACCAACAUCACCUCCUACGAGGCCCAGUGGACUGCCAUCAAGACGUGCCGCGGCGUCGUCGCCCUGCGCCAGACCUUCUCGCGCCAACCCCCCUCGCGACGACCGCGGAAAGGCGGCACCCGCGCGCUGUCCCCCUCAUCCAAGAUCAAAGCCCACGUCAAGAAGACGCAGGACGGCGUGCUUGUGGAUGCUGUCGUCGACGAGGGGCGCGAGUGGCUGAAAGUGUCGGCCAUCAGCGAGCGCCAGCUGCUAUUCCAGAUGGCGCGACAGGGGUGGCGGAACGACUCCGACAGCGAAGAAGACGACGAAGAGGAACUAGGCAAGCCUGUUGGCAGCGCGGCACGCAUGGACGGCGCUGCUGGAGAAGGCGACUCCGACAGCGACGACGAGGACGAAGUCGUCCUCGUCCGCCUGGCCAAACACCUCACGCAAGCAGCGCGCUCCAACCGCCACAACUACCGCCACCCGCGCAUCCGCCUCGUACUGCCCAAACUCGAAGCCGGCCGCGUCAAACAAAUCGACGCCCUCCUCGCCCGCAUCCGCGCCUUCUCCACCCCAUCCGUGCCGCUCACCCUUGAAAUCGGGCCUCAUGCGGCGUCCCCCCUCCUCCAGCAAGACCACCUACCCGCCCCCAGCACCGACGCCACCGAAAACGUUCCAUCAUCGCCAGGCCCCGACCUGACGCCCCUCCUCACGCACCCCUUCUCCACCUUCACCCCCACCCUCAACAUCGACUGCACCCUCCUCGUCGCCCUCGCGUCCGACAUCUCGCACUCGCACUGCACCGUCCAGCCGUGGUAUCCAGGCGCCGUGCAAGGCCAGAUCCGCGACGAAGCACGCGAGGCGCUGCUCCCGACGACGCUGUACCCGGCACUGUUAGCAAGCGGCGGCAAUGGCGGCAAUGGCGGCAACGGGGGUCCCGCGCCUGCCCCUGCGCUCGUCUGUACGCGUGAGGCAGCGAAGCGGAUGCAAGAGAUCGUGGCGACGAUCGGGACGGAGAGCGAGGUGGCGAGGGCGAAGCUGCUCCUUUCGGAUGCGGAGGGUGAUGAUGAGGCCGAGCUCGAGGAAGAAGGGGUUAUUACGGAUGGUGCCGGUGCUGGCGGUGCGUCAGUGCAAAAACGACAGUCGUCGCAGACGCCGUCGUCGAGGGAAGACGUGCUCGACGCCUUCCAGGCCCUCUCCAUCUACCCCGUCCCGCGCGACCUGCAGCUCCCCAUCACCGUUGUCCCCUCCUCGGCACCACCGCCACCACCACCAGCAUCAACAUCCGACAAUCAUACCAGCCCCGGCCCCACCAACAACCCAAGCCAAAGCCAAAGCCAAAGCCCAAGCCAAAGCCAAAGCCAACGCCGACCGCUCCCCGCCGUCGCCGCCGCCGUCUCCGCCCACCUCACCGACAUCAACCGCUCCAUCUUCCUGCACGGCUGGGCCGAGGGCGUCACGACGCUGUCGUCCAACGGGACCGUGGCCAAGCAGAUCGAGACGCUCGUCGAGCAGCACCGCACGCGCGACGACGAGGCGGGGCCCGACGUGUGGGUGUGCCCCGUGGCGCGGAGUCUGGUGGCGAAGAAGGGGCGGAGGCAGGCGUGA